AUCACAGAGUAACCUCUGUGAUCUGUGGACUUAACCUCGAUUUAUCCAAAUAUCAACACUAAGGCCGAUUUGUCUCUAACACGUCUCUAAAUUAAGAAAAUUGCAUUUUAAAAUACGGAGGCUCUGAAGCAAAUCUGCUAAUACACUUCCAUAAUGGACUCUCAGCUGAAAAUUGAGCUGGUUCUCCUAUCAUUUAUUCUUGUGAUUGCUCGAAUAACUUAUGUAAUCCACAAAAUAACCACAGGGUUUAGUAAAGUCGCUCCAAAAAGAACCAAGCCAUGCAGAACUGCAAUUUGCAUAGGAUCAGGGGGUCACACUACGGAAAUGUUGCGACUUCUACAAAACGUGAAUUUGCAAAACUACUCACCUAGGUACUACAUCAUUGCCCAGAGCGAUGUGACUAGUUUGCGUAAAGUACAAAGCUUCGAAGAAAGUAAACAUUCCAAGUUAAAUCAAGAAUACUUCAUCAUAAGCAUCCCUAGAAGCCGCUCAGUAGGGCAGUCCUAUUUUACUUCAGUUUUAACCACCAUAGCAUCAAUCUUGUAUUCUGUUCCAAUUGUUGUUAGACUAAGAUUUGACUUGAUUUUGUGCAAUGGACCAGGCACCUGCAUCCCAAUAUGUUUGAUCAGCUUCUUAUUGAGAUGCGCUUUCAUACGCGAAAGCAAAAUUGUCUUCAUUGAAAGUCUGUGCAGGACUGAAACAUUCUCCUUAACUGGCAAGAUUCUUAUUUAUAUGGCUGAUAAUUUUAUUGUACAAUGGCCUAGUCUUAAGGCGAAACUGAAAAGAGCUGAAUAUAUUGGUCAGCUGAUGUAAAAAUAAAGGGACUGUAUGCUUAUCUAAA